AUGGACUUAGUUGGUAAUGUGAACUUAAAACUUGGUUCAUAUAAUUCGCGGAGGUUCAAAGCUGCUCCUCAUCUUUCCACUCAAGAACAACAAUUUAGCUCUCAAAUGGAACAAGUUCAGAACAAACAGAUCAUACUAAAGGAUUACGUUAAUGGCUUCCCAAAGGAAUCCGACAUGCUCAUUACUUCCUCCACCAUCCAUCUCAGCCUCCCAGAAGGUUCGAAUGCCGUCCUCCUGAAGAACCUUUAUCUGUCGUGUGAUCCGUACAUGCGUGGUAGAAUGAGCGAAUCUAAAGGAAGUUACGUUGAUUCCUUUACUCCUGGUUCGCCUAUAGAAGGACUUGGAGUAGCGAAAGUCGUGGAUUCGACGCAUUCGAACUUCAAGAAAGGUGACUUAGUUUGGGGAGGGACUAGAUGGGAGGAAUAUUGCAUUAUCAAUGAUCCUCAGAUUCUAUUCAAGAUUCAAGAUACUGAUGUGCCUUUAUCCUAUUAUACAGGAAUUCUUGGAAUGCCUGGCAUGACCGCAUAUGUUGGUUUCUAUGAGAUUUGUGCUCCAAAGAAAGGAGAGUAUGUCUUUGUUUCAGCAGCCGCGGGUGCAGUUGGUCAGCUCGUUGGCCAGUUUGCAAAGUUGUCAGGGUGUUAUGUCGUUGGGAGUGCCGGUACAAAAGAGAAGGUUGAUUUGUUGAAAAGUAAAUUUGGAUUUGAUGAGGCUUUUAACUACAAGGAAGAGCGAGAUCUAGAAGCAGCUCUAAAGAGGUAUUUUCCCGAUGGCAUUGAUAUUUACUUUGAGAACGUUGGAGGUAAGAUGUUGGAGGCAGUACUCCCGAACAUGAGAUUUAAUGGUCGGAUUUCAGCUUGUGGGAUGAUUUCACAAUACAACGAACAAGGGGACGGGGUACGCAACUUGGUUCAUAUAGUAACAAAAAGUUUGCGCAUGCAAGGGUUCAUUGUGAGUCAUUACUUCCCCAUGUAUCCAAAGUAUAUGGAAAUGAUUAUGCCUUUGAUCAAACAAGGGAAGAUUUGUUACAUUGAAGAUGUUGUUGAAGGGCUCGAGAGCGCCCCUGCUGCUUUGGUUGGGCUGUUUUCCGGCAGAAAUGUUGGGAAGCAGGUGGUUGUUGUGGCUAGGGAAUGAGUCGGUACCUAUAUCUUUUGGCUUUAUCUUUGGAUGCAUAUGUACUACAUGUGUAUAUAUGUAUAUAUACACAUGCCUACGUUUUAUGAAUUAACUUGCGUUGAAUGCUGUAUUUUUGUUUUCAUUUGGUCUAGAAUGAUGGGAUUGGAAGCAAUUAUUGUGUUGAAAAUUAUUAGGUUCAAUAAAAAGUACGGUUGAAAUA